AUGAACAUGUGUCGGGCUCGAUUGUUAUUCCACUUUCUGGCACUUAGCCUACUCCCCUUUGCCUGUUCCGACGAGCAUACUCACAUAUAUGAAGAUAAUGAUGAAGUUGUACUAUGGAUGAGUACAGUUGGACCAUAUCAUAAUCGCCAAGAAACAUAUUCAUAUUAUUCAUUACCUUUUUGUAUGGGCAUGAAAGAUGUUAUUAAUCAUUAUCACGAAACAUUUUCUGAAGCAUUACAAGGAAUCGAACUUAAAUUUAGUGGUUUGGAAAUUGAAUUUAAAGCUGAUACUGUAAAGAUGGAUUAUUGUCAGAUAAGAUUAACAGAAGAAAAUGAGAAAGCUUUUAUAUAUGCAGUUAAGAAUCAAUAUUGGUAUAAAAUGUAUAUGGACGACCUACCAAUAUGGGGUGUUGUGGGAGAGCCAGAAGAAAAUAACGGAAUUGUAUCUUAUUAUAUUUGGACACACAAGAAAUUUGAUAUAGGAUACAAUGGAAAGCAAAUAGUAGAUGUAAAUUUGACCAGUGAAAAUAAAGUAAAACUACUACGGGAUGCAGCUAUCUCUUUCAGUUAUGAAGUUAACUGGAAGAAAAGUAAUAUUAAAUUUGAAGACAGGUUUGAUAAAUAUUUAGAUCCUAACUUCUUCCAACAUAGAAUUCAUUGGUUCAGUAUUUUUAAUAGUUUUUUGAUGGUAAUCUUUCUUGUUGGAUUAGUUUCAAUGAUUUUAAUGCGUACAUUAAAGAAAGAUUAUGCUAGAUAUAGCAGGGACGAAGAGAUGGAUGAUAUGGAAAGAGAUUUAGGAGAUGAAUAUGGAUGGAAACAAGUUCAUGGAGAUGUAUUUAGACCAGCUAGUCAUGCAAUGCUUUUCUCAGCUCUUAUAGGCGCAGGCUAUCAAGUCACUGUGGUUGUACUUAGUGUUAUUAUUUUUGCUAUCCUCGGGGAACUGUACACAGAAAGAGGAUCGAUGUUAUCAACAGCAAUUUUUGUAUAUGCUGCUAUGUCUCCUAUAAAUGGUUAUGCUGGAGGAGGUUUAUAUGCACGUAUGGGAGGUCGUAUUUGGAUCAAACAAAUGAUUAUCAGUGCCUUUAUGUUACCUCUUAUCGUCUGUGGUACUGCAUUCUUCAUUAACUUUAUUGCAAUGUAUUAUCACGCCAGUCGCGCAAUACCAUUUGGUUCUAUGGUGGCAGUUACGUGUAUUUGCAUAUUUGUUAUAUUACCACUAACAUUAGUGGGGACUGUCUUAGGCCGAAACUUAGCUGGAACACCGGACGCACCAUGCAGAGUUAAUGCAGUACCUCGACCUAUUCCUGAAAAAAAAUGGUUUAUGGAACCAUUGGUUAUCAUAAUGCUUGGCGGUAUCCUGCCGUUUGGCUCAAUAUUCAUUGAAAUGUACUUCAUUUUUACAUCAUUUUGGGCAUAUAAAAUUUAUUACGUUUAUGGAUUUAUGUUACUAGUAUUCGUUAUUCUAAUGAUAGUGACUGUUUGUGUUACUAUCGUAUGUACAUAUUUUUUGCUAAACGCUGAAGAUUAUCGAUGGCAGUGGACAAGUUUCUUAGCGGCAGCUUCAACCGCUGGUUAUGUUUACGUAUAUUCUUUUUAUUAUUUCUUUUUCAAAACUAAAAUGUAUGGUCUAUUUCAGACAGCAUUUUAUUUUGGUUAUAUGGCAUUAUUCAGCCUUGCCUUGGGUAUAAUGUGCGGAACAGUCGGUUAUGUUGGUACUAACGUAUUUGUACGAAAAAUCUAUUCUACAGUUAAAAUAGACUAAAGCACAAUUCUAGUGUAAUGUCUACAAUCGUGAAUUAAAUUAAGGAUAUACAGAGUGAAAUCUGCCAGUUUCUGUAAUGUAGGACUCUCUUUUUUGGAUAAUUUAAAUUAUUUACAUUAUUCAUUAUAG